UUAGUAUAAUAUUAUAUAUGUUUAUGUCAUUAAGAAUUACGCAGCAAGGACGAUGGAAAAUCUUCAAAUAAAAAGUUCAAGAAAAAUACUGCAGAAACCAGAAUUCCUAGGAAGGCACAUACGCGACAAGGAGCUGCACAUUUUGCAAUGGAUGCCGCAGAAAGUCCAGUCCAAGGCGCUGGAAUUUUAGAGCAAUCGAACGCCAGCCUUUUUACUUCAGGAAAAAAAGAGAAGAUCUCGGAGAAUGCAAGUACAUCAUGUAACGAGGCAACAGAAAUAAGGAAACUAUUGAAUCAAGAUGAGCUGGACAUACUAUGCAAAAGUCGUGAUAGAAAAGACAAAUUAGUUAUUCAAUGUUGUGAGUCGAUUUGCAAUAAGAUAAAGAGUUUUUCAGAAUAUAUUAUUCACGUUUAUGCUGCGUACAAGAAGGAAAAUGAGCGGAAAAUCAUUUUCGUUGUAACAGUGAUGUGGGAUUUUGAUCUUAAUGAAAAUGACAUAGGAUACAGAAUGAUAAAAAGAAAUUACGGUGAAUUGAGUACAGAAGGAAUUGAUAUAAGUUCCAGCAUAGAAGAGAGGGAAAAGAUGAGUGACGAUGAAAACAAAAAACUAAGUGCAUGCAUAUCAAAGUACGCAGAAAAACUGAUGGACAAUCAUAGAUAUCUUAAUAUAAUAUCUGGAAGUUUUGUGAGGUCAAAAAACUAUAAACCAAGUGCUAUGCGUUUAAGCACAGAAAGCUGUAUGACCUUAUAUGUGUUAGCUAAAGGUUUUAUACCAAUAGAAGAGGAUGCAUUUCAAAACACUUAUGAUGGUGUUGCAGUUGAUAUUAGGGAAGGUCUGUUUUUUCUUUACGGAACGGCAACAGAGUAUCAUGAUGAUAUCAAAAUGGGAUGCAAGAUUACUAGGUACCCAGGAAGAGCUGUUGAUUUUGGUGGGACUCUUGGAGGGUUCAUUGACCAUCCGAGUUAUGGAGUUUGUGGUAUAACAUGUGCACACACGUUGAUGUUUCCUGAUGAAUUGAAAAAAUGUGUUGAACAUAACGGAGAAAUAUCCUGGCCAAAUAUAUUUUCUAGUGAUAUAGUAUGCCAGCCGCACCCUGUGCCAGGUAAUCGCAAUGAGAUAGGACGCAUUGUACAAGCUAUCUACAAAGAAGGUAACCAAUCUGAAGCAGGUGUAGAGGUAGCUAUUAUACAGAUAGAAACACGACCACCAAAAGCAGGUCACUUCCCAGAGAUUGAACCGAAUGGAAUCAACAUACCGUACACUUUUGAAACUGGCAAGACAUGUGGUGUAUCAAGGGCUUUGGAGAAAGAUUUGUUUAAGUUUGGCUGCAAAACUGAUUUGACUAUAGGUAGAAUCAAAUCAACACCAGUUUGUGUCAGGUCCUUUGACUUUAAACAUAUGGAUUUUAACUUCAGACUUUUGAAUCAGCUUGGUAUAGAAGGUGACAAGUUUGCUAAGAAUGGUGAUUCCGGCUCGCUUGUGUUCUGCAAAGCAAUGUCAGAAGAUUUUGAAUGUAUUGGAAUGGUUGAGGGUAUCACUACUGAUAACACAUUUGUUGUGUCCCCAAUACAGUCAGUACUUGCUGCUUUGAAAGUAAGCUGUCUGAAAGAUUUUGAAAUUAAAAAAACAAAACAUCAAUUAGAUUCAAUUGAGAACAGAGUCAGCUCUAUUGAAACAAAAGUAGAUUCAAUGCAUUCAUUGUUACUAUCUUUCACACAGAAAAAUUCUAAUGAUCAAGCAAAAUAAAAAAUAAACUAUCAGAAUGUAACAAAAUAAACGCCAAAAACCACUUUACUCAUAACGGCAGUUUUACACUUUUUUGCAAAUUAUAACUUGUAUAUUUUCCUUGGAAUUAACCAUGACAUUAAACAUUUAAUGAAUUUAUUUUUAUUAGAUUUUAUAUGCUAGUCAAGUGCAGUAAAUUGGACACUUGCACUAUUGUUCCAUUAAUGUAGAUGAAGUCUUAGGAUGAUUUUGGCUUCCUGUUCUUUAUGAUAUACAGUUUAGUGUGUUUUGUGCAUUAGAAAAAUAAGCUAUUAUUCUAGAUAAAAUACAAUGUUCCGGACUAUACGUCUUUGCAAACUUACAAAUUCAAUAAAUCUACAGUUGUAUUUUGUAGAGUUGUGUUUAUAAAUAUUUAAUUAACUGUGCAUUUUUUCUCUUUUUUAAGAUAUUUUGUUUAUUUUUAAUGUAGAAAAAAUAUUUUUAUUACAUGACAUUAAAUUUUUAAAAAAGCUUUCGUAUUGUAGUUAACAACAUGUUUUUGUUACAUGCUGAAGAUUUGUCAAAGACAUUUUGUCGUAAUUCUGAUUAUUGCAUUUGGUUAUGUAUCCAAAAUCAAUGUUUAUAAAGUUGGUACAAUCAUUCAUGUAAUGGAAUUGUAAAAUGUGUUGCUGCAUUAUCUUCUCUUUUGCGUUUAGCUCGUAACAAUGAAUAGUGGUGUAAAAUAUGGAUUUCAAAAGAGAAAACUGUACGUUGUAUUGAGAAGUUAACACAGUCUCUUAAUGUAAUUUGUUUAAAAUUAUUACAAAUGAUUGUGAUUUUACAUUGAAUGUAGUAAAGUCUAAAUGCUGUAUCAUUUUACGUUUUUAUGGUCAUCACUGUAAAUAAUUUCACAUACUAUAAAGUAGUCGACAAUCAUUGAUUAUUAUGUUAGUUUUGUUAACCUGAUAUCAACGCAGUACUACUAUAUAUCUUGUCAAAGAAUAAGUAUAAGCAUGUUGAAAUAUUUGUUCCUUGUGGCGUACCGUCAUAUCAAACUGUAUUCUAACACACAUCAGUUUAUUAUGACGGUAAUAUUAUUGUUCAGCUAAUAGAGUUGUUCAAACUAUUUCAUAUAAAAAGCAACUAAAAUAUUAAAUAAUGCUUAUGCCACAAGAAUCAAAAUCGACAUACUUUAUUUAUGCUUAAGACGGAUCUGCCUACAUUAUGAAUUUUGAAUUUCUAAUUUUUGUCUGAUAAAAUAUGUUGGCUUGUCAAAUUGCUUUUAUAUAAUCAGAAUUAAAAAAACAUA